CAGUUUCCUGCUGCACUCCUGCCCCCACCCCGACCCCGAGCUGCUGUCGCUCCUGGCUCGGGCGGGUGGAGUGCUGCUGAGCGCCGGCAGUGUGGAGUGGGUGGCGGGGGAGGCGGAGGGGCGGGUGCUGCGGGCGGCGGGGAGGCAGCUGGGGGAGCCGGCGGUGGCGGGGAGGCUGUACCCCCCCGGCACCCCCUGGCGCCGCCGCCACCCGCCCUGGCUGCUGCAUGCACGACUGCUCAACACCCUCACUCGCAGGGCUGCAGUAGCGGCUUUCAGGUGUGGCGGCAGUAGUGGAGGAGGAGGAGGAGGAGGAGGAGGAGGAGGCAGCUGGCAACCCACCACUGCCCAACCACAGCUGACGGACCUGAAACAGUUCCCCCGCCCCUACCUCUCCCUCCUCCGCCUGCUCACCCUCCUAACACGACACCCAAACACACACCUCGUCAGUCGACAAGCGGAGGCAGCGCUGGAGGUGGCAGCGAAGCGCUUUCCGGCUGUCGUACCGCCCACCUUCCUGCCGUACAUCCUAGCUGGCAUUGCGGAUGUGCCGUACGAAGGGGUCGGGGACGAGGGCGACGGAAAGGGGUUCCAGAGGUCAGGAAGGCUGGAGGAGGAAGCAUCGCGGCAGGAACAGCCUCAGCAAGUGGUGGAGGGGGGCGAGUCUGCCCUUCAGGCAUUCUUUUUGCGCUUGCGGGCCGCCGCCGUUGGCAGUAGCAGUAGCAGCAGCGGCACUAGCAGCGGCAGUAGCAGCAAGACAGCAACAGGAGCAGCACCAGCACCAGCAUCAGCAUCAGCAGCAACAGCAACCCCUCAGGAGAGCGAGAGCGAGCGGGAUGGCCGAGUGUUGGGUUGCUGCCAUGCCCUCAGCUCCAACCUUAACCUCUGGCGCCUCGUCUUCCGCCAACCGAAUUGGUUAGCAGCUGUCGUACAUGCCCUCCUUGCCGCUCGUACACACAACGCCACCGUACCGCAAACAGCCCUAGGGGAGUUGCUGCUAGCGCUGGCGACACGUGUUCUGCACCCGCCGUACGGGUCCAUGUACGCCGUACAAUUGUACGACAAUGGGAACAGGAAAACCCAAGAAACGGAGGGGGAGACGAUGGAGGUAGCAGGAUCAGGAUUGUACGGCGAUCUUGUACGGGAGUUGGUGGAGCUGGGAUCUCCCGGGGGUGGUAUGCUGCUGCAAAGGAAGGAGCGGGGGGCAGCGGCGGCCUCCCACCGUUAUCAGGUGGUUGCCAAUGUGUUGCUGCUGCUGCUGCUGCCCAACCGCUGGGGGCCGUACGAGCAACGGCAGCAGCAGCAGCAGCAGCAGGGGGCGGCAGGAGCAGCAGCAGCAGGCAGUGGGGGAGCAGCGGCAGCAGGAGCAGCUGCGGGUAUGGAGGUAGCGGAAGGGGCCGGCAGCGGCUCACUUGCUGUUGUCGGUGCCCCUCCCACUGCCGGUGGUGUUGCUCCGGGGGAGCGGUUGCCAGCCCCGGAGGUGGUUGAGGUGGUUGUACGGCACAUGCUGCGGCAGCUGUGCGGGGGUGAGGCGAGCCCUCAUCUGCGGCAGCUGGGGCUGACAGGUACCCUCCUGCCGCUCUCUGCCGUACUGGAGUACGGACAAUCCCUGCCGCAACUUCCCCGCAUACUGGCUGACGUCAUCACAUCUGCUACUGCUACUGCUAAUACCGCCGUCGCUAGCUCUGAGGCCAGUGGCAGCAGCAGCACCCUCACCACCCCCACCACUACCCCCACCCCCACCACCACGGGUUGGGGCUCCCGGCUGAUGCGCUCGCUGGCUCUGGGUCACAGCGAGUUGGAUGCGGCGGAGGGCAUGAAGGACAAGCGCGGUGCCGGCCUGCUAGCCCUGCAGCAGCGGCUGCUCAACUCCACCUUCGAGGAGCUGUGCGCCACCCUGGCAGCGGUGGCGGCGGACCGGGCAGCCAGGUGGCCUGCGGACGGGUUGCCGCCGCCGGCAGCGGUACGGCAGGGGGCGUUCCUGGUACGGCAGGCGCGGCUGGUGCAGCUGAUGGCGGCAGCGGCGCCGAGGGAGG